UUUCAUUGCGUUUCGCGGCAGGACUGAACUCUAACAAAAGUGCAACGUUUUCACACUUUCAUCACAUUUACCGAGUCAAAAUCACGUCUUCUGUUCCCGAGAAGAAGAUAACAGGUUUGCCGCCAUGUGGAUCCAGGUGCGCACUAUGGAUGGUAAGGAGACCCAUCGGGUCGACUCCCUGUCCAAGCUCACCAAGGUGGACGAGCUGCGUGUGAAGAUCGCCGAACUCUUUAACGUCGAACCCGAGCGGCAGAGACUCUUUUACAGGGGCAAACAGAUGGAGGAUGGUCACACCAUUUUUGACUAUAACGUGGGUCUAAACGACAUCGUUCAGCUGCUGGUUCGGCAGGCGGUUGCAGCCGCGGCACUACCGAAAGACAAGGAGGCGGAGCUGUCCGACUCAGACUCUGGCUGCGGAUCGGCUCAGAGCGAGUCUGAUAAAGGAUCCACACAUGGUGAGAGCGAUGCACAGAGCGCUGGAGCCUCCGGACAGACGGACACCGCAGACCUCAUCGACCCCGGGUUUGGCUUUUAUAAGAUAAAUGAGUUUGUGGAUGCUCGAGACCUGAAUAUGGGCGCCUGGUUCGAGGCUCAGAUCGUCAAAGUGACUAAAACACCAGCUGAAGAUGGAGAAGCUGAGGAGAUCGUUUACCAUGUCAAAUAUGAAGAUUACCCAGAAAAUGGUGUGGUGCAGCUGCGUGGGAAAGACGUCCGUCCGCGGGCGCGAACCGUGUACCAGUGGCACCAGCUGGAGCCGGGAAUGAUUGUGAUGGUGAACUACAACCCAGACGACCCCAAGGAGCGCGGAUACUGGUACGACGCCGAGAUUCAGAGGAAGAGGGAGACGCGCACACAGCGGGAGGUGUUCGGCAAGAUCCUACUCGGGGAGGCCGGUGAUUCCCUGAACGACUGUCGCAUCAUGUUUGUGACUGAAAUCUACAAGAUCGAAGAGCCGGGAAGUGCUGAGGGUUCAGGAGCCUCUUCUGACAGCCCUCUCAAGAGGUCGAACGGUCCGGAGUGUAAGGUGUGUAAAGACGACCCGAAGAAGAACUGCCGCGUCUGCAACUGUCACGUGUGUGGCAUAAAGCAGGACCCCGACAAACAGCUGCUGUGUGACGAGUGCGACAUGGCCUUUCACACCUACUGCCUGAACCCGCCGCUCACCACCAUACCCGACGACGAAGACUGGUAUUGUCCAGAUUGUCGUAAUGAUGCCAGUGAGGUGGUCCUGGCCGGAGAGAAGCUGAAGGAGAGCAAGAAGAAAGCCAAGAUGGCGUCUGCCAGCUCGUCCAGCCAGAGGGACUGGGGGAAGGGUAUGGCAUGUGUGGGACGCACCAAACAGUGCACCAUCGUCCCCUCAAACCACUACGGCCCUGUUCCUGGUGUCCCGGUGGGAACACUCUGGAAAUUCAGAGUACAGGUCAGUGAAUCGGGUGUCCACAGGCCUCACGUGGCAGGAAUUCAUGGCAGGAGCAACGAUGGCGCUUAUUCUCUGGUUCUGGCUGGAGGUUAUGAAGAUGAUGUGGACGAUGGUAAUGAGUUCACCUACACGGGCUCCGGUGGACGAGACUUGUCCGGGAACAAGAGAACAGCCGAGCAGUCCUGCGACCAGAAACUCACCAACAUGAACCGGGCUCUCGCUCUGAACUGUAACGCAGCAGUGAAUGAUAAGGAGGGAGCUGAAGCCAAAGACUGGAAGGCUGGGAAACCGGUGCGAGUCGUGCGCAGCUCUAAAGGACGCAAACACAGCAAAUUCUCUCCUGAAGACGGAAACCGAUAUGAUGGCAUCUACAAGGUGGUGAAGUACUGGCCUGAGAAGGGCAAGUCUGGAUUCCUGGUCUGGAGGUAUUUACUGAAGCGAAAUGAUGAGGAAUCUGCACCGUGGACACGAGAUGGAAAAGAGCGCAUCAAGAAACUGGGCCUCACCAUGCAGUAUCCUGAAGGGUAUCUGGAGGCUGUGGCUGCAAAAGAGAAGGAGAAAGAGAACAAAAACGAAGACGACAUUGAAGAAACGCCAACCAAAGGCAAGAGGAAGAGAAAAUCCCAGAGCAUGGAGGAGAAGAGCUCUCCGACCAAAGGGACGCCGAAGAAGAUGAAGGUGGAGGCGUACAAGCUGAGCAAAGAGCAGAAGGCACUGAUCAAAGAUGAUGAGCUCAACAAGAAGCUGUGGGACGAGGCCAUGGAGUCGCUGAGUCUCGGGCCGCGCUUUGUUAAUAAAGUGGAGGAGGUUUUCCUGUGCAUCUGCUGCCAGGAGGUCGUCUAUCAGCCCAUUACUACAGAGUGCCAACACAACGUCUGCAGGGAAUGCCUUCAGAGAUCUUUCAAAGCCGAGGUCUACACUUGUCCCGCCUGCCGACAUGACCUGGGCAAAAAUUACCAAAUGGCGGUCAACAAACCCCUUCAGGCCAUCCUCACCCAGCUCUUCCCUGGAUACAGCAGCGGCCGGUGUUGACGAUGUCCAAAUUGCGCCACAAUUCCACGAAUCAAAAUGGAUUUCGUGUUUUUAAGAUUAUUUUACAAAUGUGUCAGGUUGUUGUAGCAUGGAUUGAAAACAGUUGAUUCAGCAGCGCUACACGAUUUGUGAUCUGACUGUCUAGCCACUUGACUUCUGUCCGUUGUAGUUUACCGUUGUUUUUUUUUUUUUUUCUGAUAUUGCGAAUUUACAAGUAAAGGUGAUUUCUCUAGUGAUCUAGACGUGUUUUAGCUAUAGGUGCUUCAAUGACGUAUCGUUGUCUUGUAUGCUACACACCAGCACAAUGAACUGCAGCUAUGCACAAUUAUAAUGUUCGUUAACAUUUAUCGCAAGCAGUGAUUUUUGUUAUUCUGAUUAAUUGUACAACAGCAUUGGAUCUAGAAUCCAGAUGAAUUGAUGCCGUUUUUCAGUUAGAACCAUAGCUAUGCAUAUUUACUAUGUUCGAUAACUAUUUUUCACAGUAAUUUGAAAUUUUACAAUGCAUUGUACAUAAACCCUGCCUUAAGAAUCCCGACCAAGCAAACUUAGUCACAAACUUAACUGUGCAUAGCUAGUUCAUUCAUAAUUUUAGUUGGCGCUAAUUUAGUUAGCAUCCUAAACUGUGCGCCAUUUGACAUCUUUACCACAACAUUUUUAGUGUUAAGUAAAUUAAAAAUGAACGGUGUGUGGUGUUUGAUGUUUACCAUAACAUCGUUAUCAUUAACUAAAUUUGAAUCAACAGUGCGACGUUUGACAUUUUUACAAUAACAUUGUUACCGUGUUCGUUAACCCGUCAUUACAAUUCAUUGUACGAAAUCCAUGCCUUUAAGAAUCCCGACCAAACUAACUAGUCGCAAACGUAACCGUGUAUAGCUAGUUCAUUUCAGUUUAGUUAUUGUUAAUUUAGUUUGCCGCAGCAUUUGACUGUUUUUACCAUAACAUUGUUAGUAUCAAGUAAAUUGAAAUGAACUGUGACGUUUUUACCAUAACAUUGCUACCGUGUUUAACAAAUUUUUAAAUUUUUUUGCAGAAAUUUGUCAUUUGCAUUGAUUUGUAUGAAAACCCUGCCGUUAGAAUCCCAACCAAACUGACUAUUCGCAAACUAAAUUAGUCACAAAUGUAACCAUGCAUAUUUUGUUUCAAUUAAGCUAACGCUAGUUUAGUUUGCGUCAUAAACGCGGUGCUGUGUUUAACGUUUUUACCGUAACAUCGUUAGCUUUAAAUUGAAAUAAUGUGACGUUUGACAUCUUUAACAUAACAUCAUUGGAGUUAACUAAAGUGAAAUGAACAUGGCUUACUUUAUAUUGAAAUUGUGCAACGUUUGUGUGACCUGUCAGCAUUAACUAAUGUAAAAUGAACUAGCUAUGCACGAUUAUGAGUUUAAGGUGGCAAUUUUAUUAAGCGGCAAAGAUGGUAGAAUAAAAAUAAAACUAAGUGGACUUGAUGUGCAUCGUCGCAAUGCUAAUCUCCCAAUAACUUUUAUAAACAUAUUUCAUCAUUUAUUACAUUAAGACCAUUUUGAAUGACUAUUUAUGAGUUUCACGUUUUACCAUCGUUAGUGUUAACUCUGUAUAAAUGAACUAGCCAUACAUUUUUCACGAAGCUUGUAAUACUAAUUUCUUUUCAAAGCAAUAUUUUGUAAUUUGAUAAGAUUUUGUACGAGUUGAGUUUAAUUUUCUAUAACAGUGACAUUUGUAUUGUACCAUCAUUAGCAUUAGCGAUGCAUUACCGCAAUGCUAAUCUGUAUUUUUCGAACUUUUUUUUUUUUUCCACUUGAUGUUAACAAAUUUCAUAGCGCAAACCUUUUUGUUACCAACAAUUAGUGCUAACUGAAUUUACAAGCUAGCUAUACAGUGUUUGCGAUUUCUGAUCUCCAAGAUUGUCAUCGCUAGUAAUGCAUUCACUUGACGUUAAUAAGCUUUUAUAUCGGUUUUGAGCCAUGUCUAAAUGUGCAGCAGUAGCAUUUUUACUGUACUAUUGUUAACGCUAACAAAAUAUUUGGAUAAACUAGCUAUGCACUGUUAUGUUUCCAAUGUUAAUGCUCCAACUCCUUCCGAUCCGCAAAUUUACGGUGCCGUAGCUUUACUAGCACACAGAAACGUUUGUUCACGUUUCGACUUUAUUAAAUCUUUUUAUAUUCUAUUGCCGUUAUCGGUAACUAACUAAAUUUAACCUUAAAUCGAUUCACUUUUAGCCAAAUAGUAAUUUACGUAAAUAAAACUUUGAACUUGUACUUUUCGUCUCGCCCAUUUUGAUAAACGAUUAAUUUUUAUAUGCUCUGAAGUUAUUAGAUUUCCGACUGUUUUUGAUUUUUGUUUAUUUGCUUCGAUGUUUAACUGCUGUAUGUUCUUUAGAAAUGGAGUGUCGUUUUCACACUAACUUGCCGUUAUGCAAACAGUGGUCAUGUGCGCGAAACUAGUCCACGAUCUGUAUUUCAGGUGCAUUUUGAGUCGAUCCUGGAUCUGGUUUUAAGCGUCUUGAUUUUACAAAGGUUUUCGAGGUAAAGUCCUUGAACCGUUUUUCCGCACAAAUCCCCAACAGUUUUUCAUUCAGGAAGUAUUUAAGUGCAUCGUCUUUUUCGCCUUGAUGUUUUUCGCUUGUUGUUAUUAUAGUAUUUGCUAAAUAAAUGCCUAAGGCUGCAGAUAAUUACCUUUUUUUUUUUUUGGAGUUUGUUUUAUUUGUUUUCCUUUUAGCUAUACCUCAAUUUCUAAUAUGUGCGUAGACUGGAGCUGUAUAUUCUGAAAUUUGAAAUUGUAUAUUUUUAGCACUUGUAUUUACCCAUUUUAUGUAGUGGUUUCGUAGCUAUUCAUAGCUGGGAUAAGUGCUAUAUUUUUCAAUAAACUGUAUUGAACUUUUAUAUAAAAUAA